UCCCUUGGGCCCUUGGGCCGGGUGUGGGAGUUGAGUGUGGGAGUUGCGGGCCUGAGUAGUCUGUGGAAGCCAGACCCAGAAGCGCUUUUGGAUGUGAGUACUCCGUACUGGCUCCCAACCCCAAAACCGGUGGUGUGACCUCAAGCCCUCCAGGCGCUAGCCCCUUUGCUUUCCAGGGCCUUGCUUCUACUGGGCCGGGAGUCACCAUGGAAACUGAAGCGUCCAUCAUCCGCAUCCCCCCGUACCACUACAUCCAUGUGCUGGACCAGAACAGCAAUGUGUCCCACGUGGAGGUUGGGCCCAAGACAUUCAUCCGGCAGGACAAUGAGAGGAUCCUGUUUACCCCCGUGCGCAUGGUGACUGUCCCCCCACGCCACUAUUGCAUCGUGGCCAACCCCGUGACCCGGGAUGACCAGGGCUCGGUGCUCUUUGAUACCACGGGGCAGGUACGGCUCCGCCACGCAGACCUGGAGAUCCGGCUGGCCCAGGAGCCCUUUCCCUUGUUCCCGGGGGAGAUUCUAGAAAAGGGUAUCACCCCGCUGCAGGUCGUUAUGCCCAACACUGCCCUUCAUCUUAAGGCACUGCUGGAUUUUGAGGAUAAGAAUGGAGACAAGGUGAUAGCAGGAGACGAGUGGCUCUUUGAAGGCCCAGGCACAUACAUCCCCCAGAAGGAGGUGGAGGUCGUGCAGAUCAUCCAGGCCACGAUCAUCAGGCAGAACCAGGCCCUGCGGCUCAGGGCCCGGAAGGAGUGCCUGGACCGGGACGGGAAGGAGCGGGUGACAGGAGAGGAAUGGCUGGUGCGCAAGGUGGGCGCUUACCUCCCAGCAGUGUUUGAGGAGGUCCUGGACUUGGUGGACGCUGUGAUCCUUACGGAAAAGACGGCCCUGCACCUGCGAGCUCGGCAGAACUUCCGAGACCUGAGGGGCGUGACCCGCCGCACGGGGGAGGAGUGGCUGGUGACCGUGCAGGACACGGAGGCCCACGUGCCGGAUGUCUACGAGGAGGUGCUGGGGAUUGUGCCCAUCACCACCUUGGGCCCCCACAACUACUGUGUGAUUCUGGACCCCCUGGGACCGGAUGGCAAGAACCAGCUGGGGCAAAAGCGAGUGGUCAAGGGAGAGAAGUCCUUUUUCCUCCAGCCGGGCGAGACGCUGGAACGGGGCAUCCAGGACGUGUACGUGCUGUCGGAGCAGCAGGGACUGUUGCUGCGGGCCCUGCAGCCUCUGCAGGAGGGUGACGGCGAGGACAGGGUCUCCCGCCAGGCCGGGGACUGCUGGCUCAUCCGAGGGCCCCUGGAGUACGUGCCGUCCGCCAAGGUGGAGGUGGUAGAAGAGCGCCAGGCCAUCCCGCUGGACGAGAAUGAGGGCAUCUAUGUGCAGGACAUCAAGACAGGAAAGGUGCGUGCUGUGAUCGGAAGCACCUACAUGCUGACCCAGGAUGAAGUCCUGUGGGAAAAAGAGCUGCCUCCCGGGGUGGAGAUGCUGCUGAACAAGGGGCAGGACCCCCUGGCAGACCGGGGUGAGAUGAACAUAGGCAAGACCUUCCCGCCCCCCGCCCCUCGGGACAAGACCCGCGUGGUCAGCUACCGCGUCCCUCACAACACCGCGGUGCAGGUGUACGACUACAGGGCCAAGAAAGCUCGCGUGGUCUUUGGGCCUGAGCUGGUGUCCCUGGGACCUGAGGAGCAGUUCACGGUGCUGUCCCUCUCGGCUGGGCGGCCCAAGCGCCCCCACGCCCGCCGCGCACUCUGCCUGCUGCUCGGGCCUGACUUCUUCACAGAUGUCAUCACCAUCGAAACCGCAGACCACGCCAGGCUGCAGCUGCAACUGGCCUACAACUGGCACUUUGCCCUGAGUGAUCAGAAGGACCCCCAAGAGGCAGCCAAGAUCUUUGCGGUGCCUGACUUCGUGGGGGACGCCUGCAAGGCCAUUGCUUCCCGGGUGCGGGGGGCUGUGGCUUCCGUCACCUUCGAUGACUUCCACAAGAACUCUGCCCGCAUCAUUCGCACUGCCGUCUUCGGCUUCGAGACCCAGGAGAGCAAGGGCCCCGGCAGCCUCGCCCUGCCCCAGCCCCGGGAUCGGGCCGUCUUCCCCCAGAACGGACUGGUGGUCAGCAGCGUGGAUGUGCAGUCCGUGGAGCCGGUGGACCAGAGGACCCGGGACGCCCUGCAGCGCAGCGUCCAGCUGGCCAUCGAGAUCACCACCAACUCGCAGGAGGCAGCCGCCAAACAUGAGGCCCAGAGACUGGAGCAAGAAGCCCGAGGCCGGCUGGAAAGGCAGAAGAUCUUGGACCAAUCGGAAGCUGAAAAAGCGCGCAGGGAACUCUUGGAGCUGGAGGCUCUGAGCACUGCUGUGGAGAGCACCGGGGCAGCCAAGGCAGAGGCCGAGUCCCGCGCAGAGGCCGCACGCAUCGAAGGGGAGGGCUCCGUGCUGCAGGCCAAGCUGAAAGCCGAGGCCCUGGCCAUCGAGACGGAGGCUGAGCUCCAGCGGGUGGAGAAAGUGCGGCAGCUAGAACUGGCCUAUGCCCGAUCCCAGCUGGACCUGGAGGUGCUCAAGGCCCAGGAGCUGGCAGAGGUGGAAGUGAAGAAGUUCAAGCAGAUGACGGAGGCCCUGGGCCCCAGCACCAUCAGGGACCUUGCGAUGGCCGGGCCGGAGAUGCAGGUCAAACUGCUCCAGAGCCUGGGCCUGAAGUCAACCCUCAUCACCGAUGGCUCCACUCCCAUCAACCUAUUCAACACGGCCUUUGGUCUACUCGGGCUAGGGUCUGAGGCCCCGCUCCCAACGAAAAAGGCAGCUCUGGGACUCAGCUCCCAAGAAGGCUUGAUUCUCCAGACCCCCGCUGCCCCUCAGGCGCCUGGAAGCAACUAAGUCAUGCCUUAGUUCUUUUCUGCACUGACCAAUAAAACCAACACUUUUGGGCA